AUGGCCUUGUCUGGUCAACAUACUGAAGCCCGCAAACACUUCAAGGAGCACGGUUGGGCCCGGAUUCCCUCGCUUAUAAGCAGAGAGGAAGCAGACGAAGUACUGCAGAAGCUGUGGAAAGCUAAAGAAAUAGCUGAAGAACGAGGCGAGGAUACGCAUCUGCCAUUUCUUGAUCCCAAUGCUAGCAAUGUCCGCAUUUUCUACUUGAUGGAGCUGGACAAGGUUUUUCGUGAUCUCAUCUUCCAUCCGACAGCGCUUGAAAUGGUUAAGACGGUGCUCGAAAAUGACUUCAUUAUUUCCAACUUUACAGCCAACAUUGCAAGACCAGGCGCUCGAUCGAUGGCUCUGCAUUCGGACCAAAGCUUGGUAUUCGAGGAGCCUUGGAAUAAAGUUCAAGCCAUGAACAUCAUUUGGUGUCUAACCGACGUAACUAGGGAGAAUGGCGCGACCAUGUAUAUACCUGGUUCCAACAAGAUCGUUUCCCGCAACGAGUUGCCAGAAAACGCCCCCGAGUUGCUCGUCCCAUUCGAAGCAAAAGCAGGGGAUAUAAUCGCAAUGGAUGGCCGUGUAUGGCAUACGAGCGGCUCGAACGUAACGAAGGACCAGGAUCGCGCGUUGUUGUUUGGCUACUACACCUCUUCGCAUAUUCGGCAGCAGGUCAACUGGACAGCAAAACUGCCCAAAGAGGUUCAAGAGACGCUGAACCCAGAGCAAAAGACGAUGUUGGGCCUAGAUCCUGUGGCGAAUCUCGGAUUGACAGGUGACUUGAAAUAUCUCGAGCAACAAUACCCAAGGCAUUUUAAAUCCACCGCAUAA